AUGUCCAUCCCUCGGGCUACCUACGACCCCCGCCGCGUGUUCCGCUUCUCACUCCCCAAGAUCGAUAUCGGGCCCAAGGCCCGCGAGGUGGGAACAUACGUCUCGGGCGCUCUGUUCACCGCCUCGUUCUUCCUCAUGAUCGAUGCGGGCACAUUGUCCAAGUACGGCAAGAUCCCCUCCGAACGUGAGGUGCACAUUGCGUUUGUGGACUGGAUCCCGGCGAUCUGCUCGACGCUCGGAUUCCUCGUCACGUCGAUGUUAGACAAGACGCACCUCCGCAGCGCGUUUAGUGGCGACUCGUGGGGCACUGAUGGGCCGGCCGCUUACCGCGCCCGCAUCGUCCUCUUCAUCGGCGUCGCGCUCAUGGCUGGUGGCCUUGCAGGCAGUCUAACCGUGCUCAUCCUCAAAUACAUCCAGGCCAACCCGGACUAUGUGUACUUCGGGAUUGCCAACGUCGGGAUGAACGCGGGCGUCAUGCUAUCUGCCAUGAUCCUCUGGGUGUCGCAGAGCGGCAGCGACGAGUACGAGUACCAGCUUACGGUCUAG